UUGAUUAAUAAUGACAAGAACUUAAUGGGAGGGUCAUGACUAAAAAUUAGUUGUAUUCGUGGAUCAAAGAGAGAUGAGCGGUAGGUGUCUUAACGAAGAGCAUUCUCUAGUAGCUCUUUUUGGUUGAAAAUAGAUGAAUGAAGUAUCUGUUGGAGCAUUUGACCAGGAAGUAUCCAAAUUGCAUGGUGUUUGGAGAAAGUAGACAGAGUCAAGUUUUGGGAAUAUAUGGACAGUAGAAUACCUUAAAGUGAAGAACUUGACUAGCAUAGAGAAUUAUAGUAUGAUCUCAUUGAUCAUCAUAGCUAGAGAAUGUUUAGCAUUAUUUACCGUACUGCUAUUUCAUAAUUUCAAAUAUUCUUCCAAUUUAUUUAUGAAGAAAUUUUUAAAUAAGUUAUGUUCCACUAGCAAGAAAGGAAUGAAGAAUACUAGUGCCUCUGUGAUUGGUUGUCUUUGGUGCAGCUUGAGGCAUAACCACACAAAGAAUUGAGCCCAGCUUCUUUGUCCUCUCCUCCCAUCAGGCUUACCAAUCCGUCCUCCUUUCAUUUCUCCCAAUUAUUCUCAAUCUGUGCCUUUACUGACUUGCACGGAAGAGCAGCCUCUAGAGUAAAUCCUGCUAUAUCUCUCUCUUCCUCAAUUGAGGAAGAGGUUGGGGCUUUUCCAUGCUAAACAAGCUCUGACAGACCAACUUCAGGUAUAUAAGGAUGC